AUGACGGAGAAGGCACUCGAGGCCAUCUUGGCCAAUCUGGCUACGCGAGUUGGAGCAGACGAAACGCCGACGAUCACUUCAGCGGGCCGGCUGAUCGGUACCCCAGCCAUCGACAUUCCAAACCUGAGCGACACGGUUCUGUUCGACCCCGACCUCUACUCCUACGCAAGCGGCAAUAGUGGUGGUGGUGGUGGCGGCGCUGGGGAGAAAGAAAGGGACAAGACGGUAUUCUCGUAUUUCACGGUGGAGGGCAAGAUGAUUACGAAGCUGGAUGGAGGAUGGAGGAUGGAGGAGGAAGAGGAGGAGGAGAGCGAUAUUUUGAAAACCGGCAAAGAGCUACUGUCGAGACUCUACUCCUAUCGUCACUGCGGUCAGGCUAUACCGCAGACUCACAUUCCCAUUUCGACACUCUCGCCUCAGGUCCAAGCUAUGAAGCCCGACUGCAGCGCCGAGUACUACAAGCGCGUGCACGAGAUUCUGCAGCCCGAGAUCCAAAAGAUGCUCCAGUUCAUGAACUUCAGGGACUCGGCCAACAAGAUCGUCACGGAGGUGUUCUCGGUCAUCAUUACCGAGGUUGCCUCCAAUCCCAGCGACGUGUUUUGCUCGGACAACUUUCUGCUCAACCUGGCGGCCAUCUUGGAUCUGUAUGUCGUGCUGGAUGCUAUGAAGAACAUCAAGGGCUCGAUGAACAAUGACCUGUCGCAGUACAAGAGAGCAACAUCGCUUAUGCGCCAGGCCAUGCUCUCUGCAAACCAGCCUCUCGAUCCAAAGCAAAAUCUGAUGGACGACGAGACGACGAUGAAGCUGUAUCUGUUUCUCGGAAACCAGGACCAGUUCUCGAUCGAGCUGAAGAAGGGCUUGCAGGCCGUGACUGGAUACGAGGAUCUGAUCCAGGAAAUGAUUGGCACCUGUGCCGACUACAUCGAAAGCGAGCAGUACCUACUGCCCGACACCAAGCAUUCCUAUCUCAAGGCAGACAUCACCAAGAGAAAGCGGUUCCGACUGGACCGACUCGCCAAGCUUUUCCGGACUGUACCGGUGGUGCCGCUCUUUGGAGACAUGCCCAUUACUCUAUCUACCAUCUACGCCAAGGCGCCUCACCUGGGGAGCAAGUGGCAGGCCGUCGACAUGAGCGAAAAGGCGGCCUUUGAAAAGUCAUACAAGAUCGUCAACUCGCUCGAGGCCACACGAAACAGCUACCACGAGUACCUGACCACAUUUGGAAAGACUACCAACAUGCUCCGCAAGGUGCUUGAGCAGAAGGGCUGCUUCUCAUUUGAUGAAUACGAGCGAAUCUACGAGAUUUUGUUCGAAGGAAUCCGGCUGCUUUGUGCCUGUACAACGAAUGUGCUGGAGCAGAGUGCAUGGAAAUAUGCCAACCCAACGAGCUCAGCGAUCAACAUGGACAUUCCUCCGACUGCAAUCGACUAUGAGCUGGUGGUCAAGUACAACUACAGCCCAAAGGAGCGGCGCGCGCUCAUCGAGUACAUUGCCAUCAUCAAGAAGCUCUCGAGUCUGUUCCUGAGCCUCGACGACUACAUGAUAGAAGGGAUUCAGCGGCAUUUGUAUUCGGCCUUUCAAGGCUUCAUGAAGUACAACAUGGCCGACUAUAUUGCACAUGCAACCAAGAAGAAGCGCUCGAUCGCCAACGUGCUCAAGGUCGUCAGAGAACUCUCGGUCGAUGGCCUGUCCGACGAGGCCGCCAAAUCUCCGUCCAAGACGAUGCCGGUGAUCAAUCCGAGGAACCGAAAGGAGCCAUUUUCCCUCACGCAGGUGCGCGAAUCUCACCAAGCCCAAAUGCCCUUCUUGAGUGCCGCGCUUGUUGUGGACGAGAUCUGUUCUCAGAGAACUAACCAUCCUCUCUGUGCGCAUUAUCGCUCGGCACUCGCGCAGCUGCACUAUGCUCGGACCUUGAUGGGCUUUGCCUUCAGUGAGAAGUCAAAGGGCAUGAAAGGCGGGCUGCUCAAGGAGAAGGACUUCAAAGAAAGCCACGUGGACGAGAUGCAGGAUUUUUUCUACAAAUCGUACUAUUUCCCUCACAUGAUCGAUUUCAAAGGAACGGUCGAGAGCUGCUCGGAUCUCUCAGAUCUCUGGUACAAGGAGUUUUAUCUUGAAAUGUCCAAGAAAGUGCAGUUUCCAAUUUCGAUGUCACUCCCAUGGAUUCUUACCGAGUCGAUUCUGGACGGACUGCAUCCCGAGGCCAUCGGAUACCUGUUCUUCGCCUUUGAUGUCUACAACGAUGCUGCCAAUCGGGCUCUGCAUCGCCUCAAGUGCAAGUUUAUAUACGACGAAAUUGUGGCUGAGGUCAAUUUGUGCUUUGACCAGCUGAUCUUCCACGUGAGCGAGCACAUCUAUUCUCAUUUCAAGAGAUUUGCCUCCAGGUUGGUUUCGCCGGUACUCCCGCUUGAGCCGUCGAUCGUCGUCGCAGAGUUCGAUCUGGCAUCUCGAAUAGCAGGACUGACGAUCGUAUCCCUUGCGUUUUCAAACACCUCGUCCUUGGACGACAGCAUGCUGCUUCCGAUCGAGUUCCGCAACAAGAUGGAUGCCUGGUCUAGGCACUCGUACCAAGGGAGUAAAGAGACGCCGCUUGACUGCUACAACAAUAUUUUGAGACAGCGGCACUUUCAGCUGUUUGCAGAGCAAAUGAACCAGCAACUCCGGAAGAGUAUCGACAUUGCGAUCGGCCGCUACGAGUCUAGCACCAUGCAUAUGGUGAUUGAACUCGAGCAUCUCCUCAAGGUCAUCAAGGAAACGCAUCGGCUCUUGUCCCAGCAUCUGACGCUGGAUUCGUUCGAGGACAUGCUCAUGGAAGUUGAUGAGACGGUCUCGCUGACCAAGGUCAACGGUCGGAUCCUUACGCACACGGUCUCCCAGAUCAUCGAGGAUGUUGCACCAAACUCGGUCUACAAUAUGCACAGCCGCAGAUUCAUGCGAAAAGAAGGCACUAUGGCCCCAUCCAAGCCGCAGCAGAAGGUUUCCCAUUCGCAUAUGUAUGGAUCCAAAAGUAUCGGCUCGCUGCUGGGAGCGCACUUUGCUUUGUAUCGUGGAUAUCUAGGCGAUGCGCACUUCCAAGCGAUUGCGCGGCUGAUCGGAAUCAAAGGUGUUGCUGUGCUCCUUGGCGAGAUCACCUACCACGCCGAGCAAUUGCUCUCGACCCAAGUGUCGGCAUUCGUGUUGGUGUUCCAGAAGGGAGCUGCUCAGACGGUCAAACUGCCGAUGCUGGAAUAUGGCGUCGUUGGCGCAUACGGAUACUUUGCCGCACACUUUGGUCCGAUCAUCCAGUAUCCAGACCUCCACUCGCUCGUUUUGAAUGGAUUCCGGAGCUUUGGCAAUCUGGCGCUCCUGCUGCAGUGCAUGGAUGAUGCAAUGCAAAGCGAAAAGUGUUUGGGAAGGGUUUUGCUCGGCCUGUUCAGCACACAGACUGCUUCAGGGGCUGCCGAUGUGCUUGAUCAGCUGGUUCAAGACGGUGACGCACAACACAGCAGAGAAUCGCUCCCGAUGUCGUUCGGAGACUGGAAGAAGCGAGUCGACACCAUCGCAGGCUAUGAGGGAGCUGGCCAUCUCUUCCGCAAGUUCCUGGAGGAUCUCCGAAAGACUCUGGCUCAUACAAACGAAGACUGGAAGAUCAGCGACGCGCAGGGCCACCUGAACAACCCCAAAGCGUUCUACAAAAUCUGGUGCGCAAUACACUUUGCGUUUCUGCUUGCUCCAGAGGAGGAGAGCGUCGACAGCCCCAGGGAUCUGUUUGGAGACGGCGUCCUCUGGGCCGGCUCGAUCAUAAUGCAGCUGCUGGACCAGGUGGAGCUGUUCAGAGCACUCGAUCCAAGCCAUCACGUCCUGCGGGUGUUCAAGCACGAGUCUCGGACAAAGGACCAGCCGGGACAGCCCGCCAAGGACAUGAAAGACAAGCUUCCCCCGUCAGUGCGGCAGUUCCUGAGGGCUGCGCAGCUGGACCAGAUCCUGGAGGACGAGAUAUUUGAUGUGCUUGGACGGGCCACGGCGACGGCUUGAUGCCGAGCAGCGCGGAGAAGGCUCGCGGGGUGGGGAGAUCGCUCGCCAGACACAGUCCGAGGACCUGUAUCGCAUGCCGAAUUCAGAACACGGCUUGGCGACGCCCAGCCGACCCCUGGCGCUGGGGCAGGGC